AUGGAUGACUACAAUGGCGUCGCUUCAACGCCAGCCCCAGGGCGUCCCUGGAGUCAAAAGAAAUGCAAGUCCAUUGACGUCCGUAAAGAAUGGCGGACCCUCUCGAUCCAUCAGCGUCGAGACUACAUUCGAGCUGUAAAGUGCUUGGCGAAGAAGCCAUCGAAUGCGGGUCCGGGACGUCUGGCUAUGAAGACGAGAUUCGACCAGUUCGUCGCUGCCCACUUCGACCUCAACUUGAACGUUCACGCCGUCGGACAAUUCUUGCCAUGGCACCGUCAUUUCGUGACCCUCUAUACCAACGCCCUGCGUGACGAAUGUGGAUACAGAGGCCCAACACCUUACUGGGACUGGACGCGAGAUGCGGACGCACCUGAACCUUUCGUAAACUCCCCCGUCUUCGAUACGGUUCUCGGAUUUGGUGGUGACGGCGUCUUCGGUACGGCAGACCCUCUCCCUCCCAUGGACACACCCUUUCCACCGCUUCCUGGAUUCCCCACCGGUCCUAAAGCACCUGAAGGCUGUCUCCAAUCGGGACCCUUCAAGGACUUCAAAGUCAGGUUCGGUCCACUUCCCGACGAGGAGUCUCCCACUGGAAUGUGCAUCGUUCGAGGUAUCUUCGAAGGCGUUAGGAACAACGUCAAUAGCACAUCUCUCGCGGCUACACUCGCCCAACCAACCUUCGAGGACUUCCGUAACUUCAUUGAGCUUCAGGCUGCUCCGCUCGAAGAGGCUGCUGGAAUCCACUGGGCUGGACACGCUAUCGUUGGUGGUACCAUGAUGAAUGGGUACGGGGCUCCAGCCGAUCCCAUUUUCUACCUUCAUCACGCCAACCUCGAUCGCAUCUGGACGAAGUGGCAGAACGCCGAUCGUCAGAACCGACUUUAUGAGAUUUCGGGGCCCAUCUCCGUCGUACCAGAGACUGAUGUCCAGGUUACCUUGGAUUGGAUCCUGCCUUUCGAGACUGUCGCAGAUCCUAUUCCUCUCCGAGAUGUCAUGGACACUGAAGCAUAUCCCAGCUGCUUCAGAUAUGAUGAUCAGUAA